CUUCCUCUGCUUUCAGUAAAAAUAAGCAAAAACCCCACUGUAACCGAAAAGACCAUCGAGCCCGUGUUGGCAUCACCAUGCUCUCCUCCGCAGUCUCUUCUUCCCUCCUUAUCUUACACAAGCCCUUCGCUCGCGUUAUCAGAUUCCCCAUCCCCAAACUCCCUCUCUCUCCAAACCCUAGACCCCUCUCUUCUCUCUCACCCGUCGCUUCUGCUCUCACCCCCAAUGCCGUCGGCGCCGGUGGUCGCGCCGGAGCUCUAUCUCCGGCGCCGAUCACCGAAGACCUCCAGAAGAUCGACGUCAACCCUCCCAAGGGCACCAGGGACUUCCCGCCAGAAGAUAUGCGGCUCCGCAACUGGCUCUUCUGCCAUUUCAGAGAGGUCUCGCGGUUGUUUGGCUUCGAAGAGGUCGACUUUCCAGUUCUCGAGUCGGAGGCUCUGUAUAUUAGAAAAGCAGGAGAGGAAAUUCGAGACCAGCUAUAUUGCUUCGAAGACCGAGGUAAUCGUCGAGUUGCAUUGAGGCCUGAGCUCACUCCUUCUUUGGCAAGACUGGUGAUACAGAAAGGAAAAUCUCUAUCCCUUCCAUUGAAAUGGUUUGCCGUGGGACAGUGUUGGCGGUAUGAGAGGAUGACGAGGGGGCGGCGUAGGGAGCAUUACCAGUGGAAUAUGGACAUUAUUGGUGUACCUGAAGUUACGGCUGAAGCAGAACUUAUUUCUUCAAUUGUCACUUUCUUCAAGCGAUUAGGAAUUACCUCAUCAGAUGUUGGAUUUAAGGUUUCAAGUCGAAAGGUUUUGCAAGAAGUAUUGAGGCAUUACUCCAUACCCGAAGCUUUAUUUGGCAAGGUUUGCAUCAUCAUAGACAAGAUAGAGAAGAUUCCAGUGGAUGAUAUAAAAAAUGAGUUGAAAUCUGCUGGUGUAUCAGAAGAGGCUAUUGAGCAGUUAUUGCAAGUUCUUUCCAUAAAAUCUUUAACAAAGUUGGAAGAGAUACUUGGAGAUGCUGGUGAAGCAGUUGCUGAUCUGAAGCAGCUAUUCUCUCUUGCUGAGAAAUUUGGUUAUUCUGAAUGGAUUCAGUUUGAUGCUUCUAUUGUUCGUGGCCUUGCCUACUAUACUGGUAUUGUCUUCGAGGGUUUUGAUAGAGGAGGAAAGUUGCGAGCCAUUUGUGGUGGUGGGCGAUAUGACCGCUUGCUUUCUACUUUUGGUGGUGAUGACAUUCCUGCUUGUGGCUUUGGAUUUGGUGAUGCUGUCAUAGUGGAAUUGCUAAAGGAGAAGGGUCUUCUGCCAGAACUCAGCCUGCAAGUAGAAAACAUUGUGUGUGCUCUAGAUCCUGGACUUCAAGGAGCCGCUGCCACAGUUGCCACCAUACUCAGGGGAAAAGGUCAAAGUGUUGAUUUAGUCUUGGAGAACAAACCGCUCAAAUGGGUAUUCAAGCGUGCAGCAAGAAUAAAUGCUAAUAGGUUGAUAUUGGUGGGAGAUUCAGAGUGGCAAAGGGGUAUGGUGGGUGUGAAAAUCCUUUCUUCCGGUGAACAACAUGAGAUCAAACUUGAUGAACUAGAGUGAUAAGAAUUGAUUAUUUAGAGGUUGUACUCUAUUUGUUUUAAUUUUUAUAGGUAGGUUCAGCUCAUUAUUGUCCCCAAGUUAUGUGCUUACACAAUUUUUUGGUCAAAAUAGUAAUGAAAUUACUGAUUUUUGUCUUAUUGAUCUCAGUAAAGCUUGUGCAACCAUUUGUCUACUGUUCUAUUUAUUAAUUUGCUUGUUCUGUAGCCUUUUCAUGUUCAUUUGAAACCAUACUAAGAUGUUAUGAAAAUUAGCCCAAUCUUAUGUGAAGUACAAACAAAUGAUGUUUCCAAAAUAGCAAGUUGUAGAUAGCUCAAUACGGCAUAACCAUUCCUAUUAUCAGCUCCAAUACAUGGAUCCUGUUUCAAGAUGACCUUAGACAAGACUAAUAGCGAUAGUUAACCUUUUAGCAAUGCUGUCCAAGAUCUUACCUGACUUGUGUGCUGCUGAUCGAAACCUUCUUUGAUAGUUAAUGAGAACAUGUGAUAUUUUGACAACUGAUAUUGUGCUUGAACUAUUUUGUAAUGGACAUGAAAGAUAAAUUUGUCUUGUUUGUACUUAUGUAAGGUUUUCUUGGCCCCUUCAUUUCCGGUAAAUUUUUGGUUUGAGUGCUGUCCCUGGUUGAAAAGAGUGCAUAUUUGCUGCUUUUUGGUUUGCUACAUUUUAUUUUUCACCUAAAAGAAAAUUUGGAUAGUUAGCUAUGUGAAAAAUUAAGACGUGUUUCACCAAUUCGAAACUGGUUUCUUUGAUGCAUUGACAUUACUUUUUUGCAUCAUGGUAUUUACAAGCUUCUCAGUCACAACACAUCCAUUGGCACGAUUCGACUCUAGGAGUCACAUGAUUGCUACUUUGGUUUGAUGGAUGGACAUGACAUUCUUGAAUACUACCCAGAAUACAAGAAGAUGAAGGGACCGCAUCAUACAAAGGGAUUUUCUCUAAAUUCAAAUUUUAGAAAGACAAGAAAAUGAAGAGAACUUUGUGUUUAUGUGAAAGAAUUUCUGCUAUCUUGGAGUACAGAUUGUGUUUAGAAUGGCAGUGGUUGCUAGGAUGCAAAUGGAAAUCGGCUUCGUGAGUUGCAUUUCUGGAACUACAAACACUUGCUGGUAUAACAAUGUAGUAGAAGAAGAAUGCGACCCCAUGUGUCUUCCUCACGAAGAAGAAAGAUGCAGAUGACAUGAAGUCUCUUACAGAUUGACACUCUGCAGAAUUGUGAAGGUACUAUGUGAUCUUUCCUUUAAGAUAAUCAGUUUCUAAAUUCAGUCAUUUUGUUUUAACUUGGACUGGUCUAUAUUUGCUCUUUAAGAGAAAUUUGAAAUUGCUCAUUUCAGAGAGAAUGAUUUCUGUAGUCAUUUUCCUAAAGAGAUUUUCUGGGCCGCAUGAUCAUCGGUAUUGUUGAUAUCAAUAUGCUUUGAAGUACUUGGGAGUUCAUUUUUGACCCAACAAUAAAGGAAGAGGAUGGUGUGGGAGGAAUUGAUACGUUAAAAUUUAGAAAAGAUGAUUUCAGGCAGAAAAAAUUAGGAGGUCAGACGAUGUGCUUAUUGCUAAGUUCCCCAGAGUUCGCCACAAAGACAAAUUUCCAACUCUUUAGGCUAUCCCUAAGUGCAAGUUCCAUGUUCCAUAUCUUCCACUGUGAUUUGGCCUUUCCAUCCCCCAGCAUCAUUUAUGGCUUGAAUUCAUCAAAAACCCACUGCCACUGUAUAAAAGGUCAAGUCUAGAAAUAUUUGGUUUGAAUCCUUACUGGUGUUCAUUGUCAUUAAGCCGCUGUAAGAAAUUCGCAUGGUGGAACAUGGAAUGAUUUUGGUUUUAUAA